UGAACGCCUUGGAGGGGGCCCUGGCCCUCGCUGCCUGUAAGCUGUGUCCUGGGGGGAGGUACUGCAGAGGAGACGCUAACUGGGAACCUGAUGGUCUGUGUUCAGCUGGGUACUACUGUGAGGGGGGAGCCACUGAUGCUGUUCCACACGGGACUCCUGGGUUCCCCCUCAGCGGGCCCUGCCCGCCUGGGCACUAUUGUCCAGAGGGAACUCCCUUCCCAGUCGCCUGCCCGGUUGGGACCCUGAACAACGGCACAGGUGGUACCUCUCCAGAGAGCUGUGUGCCAUGCAGUCCUGGGUCUUUCUGUGCUAGCCUUGGUUUAAGUUCUCCAACAGGACCUUGUACUGAGGGGUUUUACUGCCCAGCAAACUUCAGCUCCUUCAGCCCCACAGCAUUCCUCUGCCCUAAGGGUCACUUCUGCCAGUCAGGGGCAGCCCACCCAGCACCGUGCCCUCCUGGGGAAUACCAGCCAGCCAGGGGCUCUGCAUCCUGCAUUCCAUGCCAGAGAGGAUUCUACUGCCAGGACCUGGUGGCAGGAGACCCCAGGCGCUGCCCACCGCAUUCUUACUGCCCCUCAGGCACACGGUUUCCUCAGACCUGUCCUGAAGGCACCUUUACUCCUCCAAAUAUGACUGGCCUCUGGAAUGAGAAGGAAUGCCUGCCUUGCUUACCUGGCCACUACUGCAGGCAUGGGCAGCUGGAGGGCAAGUGUGCUGCUGGCUACUUCUGCCUUGCUGGGAGCUCGCAGUCUGCUCCACAGGGCCCUGGCUUUUCCUGGCGCUUUCUGUCUGGAUGCCGCUGGGGUCAGGUGUGUGCUGGGCUGUGUCCUGCAGGUUUCUAUUGCCUGGAGGGCUCUGAGGUGCCCAUACCGUGUCCUUCCAAUACUAUCAGAGAUGUUCCAGGGGCUAGGCGGAGAGAAGAUUGCCUGCCCUGUCCACCCGGCCGCUGGUGCAAAGCAGGGGAUUCAGAGGCUUAUCCAUGUCCCUCAGGACACUAUUGCCUCGGAGGUAAUGUCAGUGACCAAAGCAAUCUCCUGGCACCUCAGAAAUGCCCUCCGCACACUUACCGCAAACACCCCGGAGCUCAGACUGUGACAGAUUGCCAGCCGUGUCCUCCGGGCUAUCACUGCCCUUUAUCAGGUCUGACCAUGUUUGAGGAUUAUCCGUGCCCCCUGGGAUACUGGUGCCCUGGUAAAGGGGACGCUUUCCUUUGUCCACCUGGUACUUCCAGGAGCCAGCCUGGUGCAAAAUCACUGGAAGAGUGUGAUCCCUGCUCACCCGGAUACUAUUGCCCAGACCCAGUGCACACAGGGCUACCUAACAGCCAAGGAGUACCUUGUAAACCUGGCUUUGAAUGCCCAGCAGGUUCAGUGAAUCCAAAACCUUGCAGACCUGGCUCAUUCUGUGGUGCUCGCACAGCUGUGCCUUCCGUGUGCCCUGCUGGGUAUUACUGUCCUGAAGGCUCAUCAACAUACAAUAGCCCUGAGCAGCUGUGUGUGUUUCCCUACUACUGCCCCCCAGGCAGUGCCCAUCCACUGCCUUGUGAAGGAGGAUUCAUGGCCCUCAUCUUGCCUGGUCCAAGGGAUUCAUUUGAGAAAUUCUGCAGAAUCUGCGAUGCAGGCAGCUAUCGUAACAUCUCUGCCAGCGCUGCCCCCUGUCAGCCCUGCCCAGCAGGCUUCAUCUGCCCACAAGGCAGUGAAAGUUACCACGAGAAGCCUUGUCCCAGUGGCUACUACUGCCCUCCCCUGGCACCUGCCCCUCUUCCCUGUCCCCCAGGGACCCAUGGGAGCAGCAACUUUGCAAAGAGUGUAGAGGAUUGUCAAGCCUGUCCUGCUGGCACCUUCAACCACCUUACCGCUCAGGCUGCCUGUUUUCCCUGCGGCAGCUCUUCUUCGUCGCAGCCUGGUGCUAUCAGCUGUACCUGCCAUGGGCUGAACCGGGCUUUCCAGCAGUCAGAUGCCUCCUGUAUCUGCCAGGCAGGUUACGUGUACUACGAUGAGCGAGGCAAGGAAAACCCUGACAGCAACAGUGAUCAAGACUGCCUACCUCAGGUGGACGAGCUCUGUGCUCCUGGAGAGGUUCGUCUGGCAUCUACACGCCAGUGCGUUUUUCCCGAGCAAUAUGACUGCUCUCCAUCUUGUGGGCCUGCAGGUGGAGAGAUUAAUGCAGAGCUGGGCAUAUGUCACUGCAAGCAGUAUGUCUCCGUUGAGGAGCUCUGUGACCAGCUGUGUUUGCUGAAAGCCCCACGGAUCUCCUUGAGAUUUGGCAUCAAGAGAGAGCUGCUUCUGAGGAUGAAUGAAGGAGAAGUCAGGGAGGUGGCAAACGUUCUGGGCCCUGACAACCAUGUGCAGAAGAGCCAGCGGGUGCAUUUGGUUCUGUUUAGCCCUGCUGGAGUGCUAGGUUUUAUUGUCUCCACCACAGAUGUUUUGGAUGCAUUUCUCACAGGAAAUUUUUCAUCAGAUCAGGUGCUACAGAAAGGUCAUCAAGUGCAGAGGGCUUUUUUCAAAGAUACCCAUGCUUUGCCCCUUGUCCCUAACCCACUGGUAUGUCUGGAAGCAGGAGACACAAUCCUUUUCCAGCUUAGCAUCGAUUUUCACAAUCGCACAUCCAGCCAUUACCCAGUUUAUCAGAAGCAGCAUCUUUACAACAGCAACCCCAGCUGGGAUUUUGGACCCUUCCGAAGGCUAGACCACCUCGUCCAGGAGACUCACCUCAACAUCUCCUGGUUUGCCCAUGUUUUCUUGGAGUCUGGGACAUAUGUUUUCAGGGAUAGGACCAUUCAGGAACACUUCUUGAUUGUGACUGUGAAUGAAGCAAAUGUGGGCUGCAGCCCCAGAAAUGUGUCCUUCCAGCCCUCUUCUCUGUUCCAGCUGGCCAGACAUGGGGUUCUGAAGCACCAGGAACUGAACUUAGCUCCUAACUGGGCUGCUCUCACAGCGGUGCUCUUUGUUCUGGGCUUCUUAAUUGUGAUGCUGGCAACCCUGGCUAUUGUGCUACAGCCCACUGUCCCCAUCCUUAACCCCCUGAAGAGCUGGAAGCCACGGUGGAGGAGCCUGGGUGAGCCACACAUCUCCCCAGAGUACGUCCUUCUUAAAGACAGCCUGCAGUACUAUCAGGCGCUUGGCCCUCGUGGUUCUGGAGAAGAUGCUUGCUUUGGAGAGAAAGGAGCUGCACGUAAGGAAGAAGAGUGUUUUGCAGUGAGAGAUCUGGAGGAUUUCAGUGUUCGCACCCUGUAUGAUAAGCUGGAGGAUCAGAAUUUGCACCUGGCAUCUCAGCUGGCAAAACACAGGAGGGAUGUGUUGGUGUUUUACAACGGAAUCAGCCAGCAGAUUCAAGGUCUCAUGAACAUGGUGCAAGCAGUGGACUCUGAAGGCCAGAAAAUCUUUGCCAGGCAAAGGAUUUGUGGGCAUAAACCUGCAGAGAGCAGCUGGGCAGCAGUGGGCGUUGAACCAUGUGAUGAUCACUGUAGCAGCGACUUCCACACAGUAGGGCACACAGGUGCGCCAUGGCAAGAGGCAACAGAGUUAAUGAAAGCUCUGGAAAUCCUUCUUGAGAGAGCUCAGCACAAGAAUAUCUCUGUGAAACAAGAGAUGGAGCAGCAGGUCCAAGGACACGAUGCGCUGGCAGUUGUACCCUCACUGGGCAGCCUGGCCAGUAAAAGUAAAGCAGAAGUAGGGGAAUGGCAGGAUCAUGAGCUACUUCAGCAAUGUGAGCUAUUCCAUAGAAGAGGCGCUCUUUUCAGCUUCCCUGGACAUGACGAACAUGAUCUCCAGCUGGCUUACCUGACUGAGCUGGAGGUGGAAGGCCUGAUAGCAGCUUCCCCCCUUGCCAAGACUCUGUGUGAGAUCAAGCAAGCUUUGGUGAAGCUACAACAACCUUUAGACCUUCGUAAUCCAGAGAAAUGUUUAAGUGACAGUUCCUCAGAAGAUAGGAGGAGUGCCCUCAUCCCCACGGACCUGGCCAGUUUGUCACCUCACCAGUUUGUGGUGUAUCGCUUUGGCUGUGCAGUGGUGCGCCUGCUAAUCGGGGCCUGCUCAUGCCCUGCUUUCGUACUCACACUGGCUCACUCAGUUCCUGCCCAAAGUCCAGGCCAAGAGCUUCUCUCAAGCCCUGGGGACUUCUACUAUGAUGCCACCAAUAAGUACCUCUAUGUACAUGCAGCAAGGCUGGAAGAUGCAGGGGAAUUCACUGCUAUCCUGCUGAACGCUGUGGCAUGGAUCACAGCAGGUUGUCCCUCAACUGGUAUCAGUCAUUCCUGCUUUCUGAUGGAGCUCAACAGAGCUAUCAUGGCUCUUUCCAGUGCCUUUUUCCAGCAUUCAUGGGGGAUAGCAGAGAAGGAUUCUUCAGGAGGUUGCUUAGCUGUUCAUUUUGACCCUCAGACAGUGCUCAAAGAACUUGUCAGCAUCAGAGUAUCACCGCUCCCAUGUGUCAAGGAAAAAGCCCCAGAAAAGAGGGUGUCUAGUCUGGAAAAGUACCAGGCCCUAAAGCUGCAAGUGAAGACCCAUGACAGGAUGGAAAGUUCUCAGAAAAGUGAUGACAACUGGAUGUUAGAUUCCUCUGCUGUUAAGCUGAAGGUUGUGAAACUGCAGGAGAGGCUGGAUGAGCUAAAUGAGGAGUUUUUUGAACUGACAGUACGAGCCUUGAGCAUGCAGGAAGAUGGGGAAUCGUUGGAGGAGGAGCUGAGAAUGCAGGAAGAGAAAUUUUCGACAGCAAGCAACAAACAAGCAUGGGGAGCUCAGCAAUAUUCAGAGCUGUUGGAUUCUUGGGCCACAAAGAGGGAUGAAGCCCUGCUGUUGGAAAUAAGGAAGAACUGCAUUGCUCAGAGGAUUGAAGAGAUGGAAGCAGAACUAUUUCAUCUUCAGCAAAGUAAAAUAGGCACCAGCCCAUCUCCUUGAGGAACCUAGCUCAUAAGGCAAUAGCUAAAGGCAGAUUAUGGGAGCAUGUUUGAAUCCGUGGACAGAGUACUUUAUCUGAAGUAUCUUGACAGAUACAUACGUAGUUGGAGAUGCACUUGGUCAAAUAUGUCAUGGAUAAUCCAUAUUCUGUUUUCUUUAAUUGGUUGAAGUACAUUCACACUUAGCCUCAGUCAUCAAUAAUUUUGUGGGCUUGAGAGGGAAGCUGAAGUUCUUAACAUUGUUUACUAAUUUCAGAGUUUUCAUUGCUAAGUCAGUAACACAGAAAAGAUGUGAGGCUGUGGGUCACCCCCUCUUACUGGUUUAUUCUUUACGGCUUUUUUCAGCUCUGGUAUCAAUGAUAGUUGUGAGGAUAUUUUAGGUACAGUUCAGAGCAAUACUUCAAAGCCUUGCCCAGCAUUUCUACGCUGCCUGUGCAUGUUUUCAAUAGAAUCGUAUUGAUCUCAGUAAGGUCUGCUGGCAGAGACCUUGAAGGCCUUUAAAGAUGUGAUGUUUGGGCAAAGAGUACACUUAAAUCAUUCCCUGUAGUAGAGAGUGCACCAAGCUGUGUAUCUGCUGGUGUCCAGUGCUCUGGGAGCUUGAUCUUUAAAUAGAAUAUAUCUUUCCUACCAUUUCUAUUCUUCUAGUCUGUCUUUAUGAUGCCAGGAGAGCCUGGCUGCAAAAUGGGCUUUGUUUCUGAGGAGCAAGAUUGGACUCAGCACACCUGCUGUCUCUUUCUGCACAGUAUUCCUUAGCUCCAGGUGAAGUAGCAAAACAUAAACUUGCUCGUCUGUGAGCCAGCACAAUGCCUUGGCAAACCACAUCGGUAGGCUUCAGCCAACUGUUUCCAACAGCAAAGUCUGCUCUUUUUUCAUUUCAGUGUUUACUGAAUUGCUUAUGCCUGAAGAGGUUUGUGAACCCACUCCUUCCUGGUUCCUAAACACAAACCUGUGCUUACUCAUUCUGCCUUUGCAUAACCGUAGAGGGUAUUAAGAGGGUGAGACUUAAGUGCCUGGGAGCCAAGACAGAAGCUCUCAGCUUUAGUUCCAUAAACUGGUGUCUCUCCUCAGUCCAGAGGAACUGCCUGUUUCUUGCCCUCACCUACUCACUUUUUCUCAUUUUCUGAGCUUGCCUCCAGAAGCAAAAGCUUUGUUGUAGUUCCUUUGCACCUUGGGAGAAUUUAGUUAUUUGCUGACACCUUCAAGGGACUUCAGAAAAUGAGAGGAUUUUAGGAAGCAAAAUGUACCUACAUGCAACCACUACAAAACACCAGGAUUGCCUUCUUCUGGGAUAUAGUAAUGAAAAGGCUGUCAUUGCUCUCCUAAUUGCUUUCUUUUCAGUUUAUCAGCAGAUAUAACAGUACUCCAUGUAUAUAAGUAUCUUCAGUGACUGCUGUCUCUGUAAUACCCACUGGAAAAUAUGGCACACAGGUGAUGGAGUUAUCUCUGUGUGCUGUGCUUCCAGCCAAUAUUUGUAAAAGGCAUGUUGGAAGGCAGUAGCAAGUCAAAUCUGUCAAUUUUUUCAUUGCAACAGUUUUCCAAUGAAAAUAGUUAUUUUUAUUCUAGAUCAAAACAAAGAUAUGUAUAUAGAAUUUUGCUGUUUUUUCUUUUUUUUUUCCCCACUGUUGUUUUCUUAACAAGUACACUUCAGUUAUAAGUAAAUAAUUUUGUGCUUCAAAUUAUUUGUGUGUUUUUUUCCACAAAA